AUGAUAAACCUUUUUAAGAUAAAGGACCAGAAGAAGGGUGAUGCUGCGAAUACAAAUGGAAAGCCUGCUGCUAAGAAGCAAAGUCCAGGGGAGUUGCGUCUCCACAAAGAUAUAGCUGAACUUAACCUUCCCAAGACAACUAAGAUUACUUUUCCGAAUGGCAAGGAUGAUCUGAUGAACUUUGAGUGCACUAUUAAGCCUGAUGAAGGAUACUACAUGGGUGGAAAAUUUGUUUUUACCUUCCAAGUUCCUCCAGCUUACCCGCAUGAGCCUCCUAAAGUCAAGUGCAAGACUAAGGUUUACCAUCCCAAUAUUGACUUGGAGGGAAAUGUUUGCCUGAACAUUCUGCGUGAAGAUUGGAAGCCUGUCCUGAACAUCAACACCAUUGUGUAUGGUUUGAAUCUUCUUUUCUCGCAACCUAAUGACGAGGACCCCCUGAACCAUGAUGCAGCAGCUGUUCUCCGCGAUGACCCGAAAAAGUUUGAGAAAAAUGUUCAGAGGGCGAUGGCUGGAGGCUACGUUGGUGAAACCCACUUCCCUCGGUGUAUAUAA